UCAUAGUUAUCAUUAUUUUGMGUGGCAAGGUCACAAAUGCGUCAUAAGUGGUCAAGCAACCGGCUGUUUACCAAGAGAAUCCAUAUAAUAGUUUAGAAUUCAAAUGAAAGUAUCAACGCUGAACUAGUAAAAUGUACAAAAAUAUCCCUAACAUCGUGGAAGAGAAAUUUGGUAAAGUAUCUCCUCGAACAAGAAUCACAUCAAUAGAUCAACUAAGGAAAGGAGACCAUGUUAUGGAAGAAAGUCCAUUGGGAUACUGGCAUCAUUUCAUAGUCGAAAAAGUUCGUUCAAAAUAUGUCUUGCGAAUUCACAAAACAGGGGACAACCAGACGGGAAAAUGUGCUGUCAGCGCUGGUGAUCUCUCUUCAAAAGCUCGAGUAAUUCGUGAUAAAUUCGUCCUAGAACCCGGUAUGGUUGUCUACAGGAUUGAAUACCCAGAUAAAGACACACCAGAUGGAAACAUAGUUUACUCAGACUAUAAAGUUGUCAAAAAAGCAAGGAAAAGGAUUGGGGAGAAAAACUAUAACGCAAUAUUGAGCAAUUGUGAACACUUUUGUACAGAGUGUAAAACUGGGAAUAGGAUUAGUUAUCAAGUCUAUGACUUUUUGUGGUCAAUUGUUAGGCUUAUUUUUAUAAUCUUGCAUGGUAUUUUCUGGGGGUCUGUGAUUAUCAUCGGARCUAGUACUGGAUUUGUGGCACAGACUACAAUUUUACUUCUAAGUCAUGUUUUUGGAUUAGUUUUUGGGGUAAUUCAAGAUUCUAUCUCUGUUGCCUUCCUUGUGAUCAAAGCUGACAGAGCAAAGGACAAAGGCCAUGUGACUCCACAAGAUGCCGAAAGGUUUAAAGCAAAAAGGGUCACGCCCGUUGUUUGUGGAUUUGUGGGGUAUAUCAUGGGUGCUCUCUUGGGGUAUUACCAUGUGCCRUUGCCAUUAGUUGGAAGUCUUGUGGGUGCUUUUUUGGGGCAUUUUCUAUGGCAGUUGYUGGGUUUAAUGUUUGGAAGAUGGCUUGCUACAGUUUUAUAACAGAAAUCAUACAAUUUUAGAGUAUCAAACCUGAAGGAUUCAUGGAAAUAGCAUUACUAGAGCAUAAUUUAUUUAUCAGCAUCACUCUUACAUUCAAAUUUAUCUAGUUGUCAACAACCAUAUUGACCGUCUUGAAAUUCCAGUACARGCAGGAAUAGCUUUGUUCCUARGACAGAAAACWUUAGGAAUASGACAAUAGAUUUAYACRUAGMUACUAGGCUAAGCCGGCUCACACUGGAAUUUUGAGAAACAUCAAUUGCCACUUAYAGAUGACUUUAAUUUUCAUUGUUGCUACAACUGAAUAUAAAUAGUGUAUGCUAGACAUUCACAAUAGGAUACAAAUUAUUUCUAAAAAAUUAUCUAUUAUCAGGUCCUCUUAGUAAGUAGCACGUAAUCUAAGGUCUAAGCCAUUUUUCAACUACAAAAUAACAAUUAGACUGUAUAAUUUUCAAGUAAAAACAAUGACAAUUUUGAAAUUCUAUCUGUAUAUUUUAUAUCAAGAUGAAAGAAAUUAUUUCUGGAAUAGAUAUGAGUUCAUUUUUAUUUGAAUAAAUUUGAUGUUAUGACUAAAGUGAUCAUAAUAAAUGUAUUUUUAUUAUUUAUCAUUAGUGCAUGCUAGACAAGAUUCACAAAUAGGAUACAAAUUAUUUCUAAAAAAAUAUCUAUUAUCAGGACCUCUUAGUAAGUAGCACGUAAUCUAAGGUCUAAGCCAUUUUUUUUUUUCAACUACAAAAUAACAAAGAUGACUAUAGAAUUUGUAGGUAAGAACAAUGAAACAACAAUUUGAAAUGCUAUCUGUAUAUUUUAUAUCAAGAUGAAAGAAAUUAUUUCUGGAAUAGAUAUGAGUUCAUUUUUAUUUGAAUAAAUUUGAUGAAGAGAUGUUCAGUCUCUUGACCACAAUGUACAAGCCAUUUGUUAUGACUAAAGUGAUCAUAAUAAAUGUAUUUUUAUUAUUUGAAAAUGGAAAUGAAACCCUAGAAAAUAUCCUAGUAUAAAGUAAAAAUAAUAUUUUUAUCAAGAAGAGUCUUAGAAUUACUGUAAUUGUUAAAUACUCUAGCAAAUAUAUGCAUAGUAUUAUAGGGUAUUGUGUUGUUCUUAAAAGUCUUGUAUUGUUAAUCUGUUGUUAUAUAGAUUCAAUACAAUUCUCUCCAUUUGUCUUACACAUAGCAACUAAUUCUGAUUAUUGUUGUUCCUGCAUAAAAUGUAUGCAUCUUUCAUCCUGUACUGUCAGUUCUAUGUAGUUCUUAUUGUUUGUUAGAUUAAUUAUUUAUUUUCAUUAGAAAUGUUUUACUAUCAUUAGAACUUAAGUAGUGGACUACCACAUUUGUUAUCUGUAUUCCCCAUGUUGAGGGCAUAUCUAAAAUUUUCAAGAGGYUUUGUAAAUCUCUGGAUUAUACAAGUAUGAUAACGAUGAUCAAAAAGUCACUGAAUUCCAAGGAAGAGGGGUCAAGCUAGAUAUGWGAAUAUCCAAAARAAGUUCUCAAURGGGAWGCAGAUAUAMAUGCAGCUCAUUUCUUAGCAGUUUUCUCUUUUCCUUGAAUGUUAUCUCAAGGUAUUUAUGUGUUGAAGCUUAAAAUAUGUGAAUAAAACUGACUUCGUUAAACA